ACUCGCGUUUCUUAAAUGGCUGGCAGUAUGUUUACGCAUGUGGACACGCGCGGCAUUUCGCGCAGACAGUGCACGUCUAUCGGCUGCGAUUGCCACGGCUUCACCCGACCUUUGUCGUUGAACAUUUGCCAAGUGCAAGUCGCCUUUGAACCGUACGGCUGGUACGGCUGGUGCCGCGGCUGCGGCCACUCACCGGUUAUUCACAGCCAUGUUGCAGAAACUAGCACGUGUAGUGAGCAGCCAUGGAAGGUGGACGUUUCACGCUUAUCCGGCUCUCAAGAAAACCUGGAGCAAGAUUCCACGCCGGAAGCAGAUCCACAGCCGCAGAGCUGCACUGAGCAGCAAGGGGUGGCCUGUGUUGCAGAAUUGGACAACCCUCACUUGAAACUGAAGCCAGAUUGCAUCCCUGAAGAAAACUCUGAGCUAGAGCAAAGCUCACAGUCUGAGCGGAGCCAAGAGCAGGGAACAAGUCCACAGCAAGAGCCAAGAUCAGCCAAACCUGAGGAGAAGAGGGAUGACAAAGAGGAAGCCCCGACUUGCUCACACAUUGUGGAGCGAAGCUUAAAACACCUGAAGGAAGAAAAGGAUCAUCCUGAAAGGCAACGUGAUUGCUUAGAUGCUGAAGACAUUUCUGAUGCUCACCUGCUGAUCAAACGACUCCUCUUGGAUACCCGCACAGUCCAGUGUGACAGCAUUCAAGACCGGAAGCAGAAAAGGCACCGCACGUGGCUGCUGUUCGACGGGCCGCCACGAUUUCAGGAGGCCUUCUCGAACUGGGACAUGCAUCGUCUGCAGCCAUCGAGAGUCACUCUGCCGAACUUGCCUGCAGAAACGCUGAAAGAGUGGGAAGCACUAGAGAAAGCUGUUCAAGAUGACGGUGUAGCUACAGCCUUGCGUGAACAACUUCUUCGCCUGAAGGGCUCUACCUUGCGAAAGGUGGCAACCACUGUGAUGAAGAGUAUUAUGGGUCACUCUGUUCAGCAACGCUAUAGCAUGUACGGAAAAAGGGGCAAGAAGGCUUUCAUAAAGCUGCAGAUAUGCAGCGUGGUAACAGGUGGUCCCAUGAGGAAAAGCUGUCACGGGGACCUUUUGAGAGUACAGCAUAUGCAAAGAUGUAUAAAGCAAAUAAUGGCAUAAAAAGCACAAGCAGCGAUGAUACAGAAAAUGAAUGACUCAAUUAAGAUACAACGUAGUAAUAAAUCAUAAUGCUAACACAACACUCUGGCAGUAUGUCGUGCCUUAGUAAAUAAAGACAGCAGGUUCAACAGGGAGGAUGCAACAGGAAUUCUUAAAACAAGAAAGGAAAGUAUAGGCAUUUUUCAAAGCAAUCUUUAACAUACGCUAGCAAAAAAAUUUUCUUAAGUGCUUUUUUUUAAAUGACGAUGUGUAGUGGGAUAAUUUGAUGUAGAUAGGCAACAAGUUCCAGGCAGAUAUAGCUUAAAAAACUUUUUUGUUUCCAAUAAUUAGUUUUAGCUUUAGGUAACGCUAAUUUCAGGUUUUCAUAAACUCGAGUAAUAUUUUGGUUUGUAAGUUAUUCCAGAGUUAUAUAACUGAAGGCAGUGUCUUUAUUACUCAGACACAAUAUGAGU